AUGAGUGACAAAAUACAACAUCUAAAGGAGUCACUAUCUCAAACUCUGGUCACCUUCUAUCCCUUUGCCGGAAUUAUCAGAGAUGCUCUCUCUGCAGACUGCAACGACCAAGGCCUUCCAUUCUUCGUCGCCAAAGUGAAGGCUCGAUUGAGCGAUUUUCUACAAAACCCUAAUGUUGAAUUGACGAAAAAGUUCUUUCCUAGAGAGGAGAAAUUGCCAGGUCCGGGUGAUAGUGUAAUGUUGAUUCAGUUGAACUGUUUCGACUGCGGUAGCAUAGCCUUGUGUAUCAAGUUUAAUCAUAUAAUUGCAGACAUGGGUUCAGCCUCGACAUUUCUCCAACGUUGGGCAGCCAAUGCACAGGGAUUAGGGUUUGCUCCCUUGAAUUGUGUAGCUCAAUCUUCCUUUCCACAAAAGCCCUCACUGCCAAACAACUUAACACCAAUUAACUUGCUAGGAAAAUACUUGAGCGCCGGGAAGUUUAUGUGGAGAAGGUACGUUUUCGAUGCUUCUGCCUUAUCCAUUCUCAAGGCCCAAAUGAGUAGCUCUAGCCCUAGCUCCACGGUGUCGCGAGUGAAUGUGGUGACCGCUGUGAUGUUAAAAUGCUUCUUGGAGACGGUGGCCGCCGAGAAAGAUGUGAAACCUGUGGUAAUGACUCAAGGGGUCAACCUUCGGAGAAGGGUGACGCCCCCAUUUCCAGAUGAUAGUUUUGGUAAUUUAGUGUGGCCGGCAGUGAGCUUGUGGAGAAACCCUGAGGAAAAGGAGUUGACAGAACUGGUGAGGGAGGUGAAAAAGGGGAUAGAAAAAAUAGAUGGUGAGUUUGUGAGCCGAUUGGGGAGCGAUGGUGUGUAUGAACUUUUGGAGGCGCUUAGGAAUGAGAUGCCUCAAGAAGGUACUUGGCUUGCUUUCACCAGUUGGGCAAAUAUUGGUCUUUCCGAGGUUGAUUUUGGGUGGGGGAAACCUGUGUGGAUGUCAGGCUACAUUCCGCAAUACUAUGAAUCUGAAACUAUGAUUGGAGGUAAUUUUGUCAUCUUAUUGGAUUCCAAUUGCGGAGGAAUAGAGGCUUGGUCGAUUCUUAAUGAAAAAUAUAUUGCAGGGUUUGAGAAAAAUGAUCAUAUUCGAAAAUAUGCUCGUUUUAACCCUAGUGUUAUUUGA